UCUCUCUUUCCAUAUAUAUAUAUAUAAAAUAAAAACUGCUUGCAGACCAUUUUCCUUCCACAUCUCAAAACCCUAAUUUUAAUAACCACCCCAAUUGUUAACAAAGAUCAGAGGGGAUUGUGUUAAAAAGUUGUUGAUGUGAGAUAGAUAAUGGAAUCGAACGUGUGCGAUGUUAAUCGUUUAGAUUCGGAUGUGCUAUUGCCUCCACGAAAACGAUUACUAGCUGGUUUGAAGAAACAGAAUGGUGAUGUUAAUGGUAACGGGAACGGAAAUGUUAAUGGGUAUGGAAAUGGAAAUGGAAACGGAAAUUCUGUUUUGGAUGAGUUAGAUAGUCGGAUUAGUUAUUUGUUGAAAGCUCAUUUGAGUAACGAUAAUCCGUCAGAAGAGGAAAUUGUGGCAGCUUCAAGAGCUGCAGCUGAAGUCGCGGUCAAGGUUGCGUUGACUGCACGAGCUGCAGCUCAGGAGAAGGCGGUGAUAGCGGCUAAAGCUAUGGCUGCUGCUAAGAAAGCGUUGGAGGUAGUAGCAACUCUUGAUGGUGAUCAGGCGGUAGGGGGGUCUGUUGAAGAACGGAUGAGGAAGAAUAAAAGUAUAAAGCAAGUUGAGUUACAAGUGUUGUAUAACAAUAAGACACCAAAGUUAGAUAGUAAUGGUAAGGCGAAUGAUGAAGAAGUAGCUCGUAAAUUGCAUCAAGCUAUAAAUAGUUCCCCUAGAAUUACAAAGGGUGGCGUGCCUUCUGAUGUAAAAAGUCCUAAACAAAAAAAGCUUAAAAGCUCGAUUUUCUUCGGAAAUGAUAGAAUUAGCAAUGGAAGUAUACCGGGUGUAAAGAUUUCUCCUUCUAGCAAUGAUAAAGAAGUAGAAAAUACGACAAAGUUAAUCAUAGAAAAUGAGCCAAAGGCAAAAUCUGGUGAUGAAGAUAUUACUACUUUAGGUAGAAAGAGGGGAAGAAUGAAGCAGAAGAAGCUUCCGUUAAGCAUUUGUCAUGAUAGGGAUCAAGCAACCCUUAAAGAAGAUGGUUCUUUAAGGAGCCCGUUAUCCGCGGGGCCUUCUGCCAAUAGUGUUGAGAGGGGCACAUUGUGGAAGUGCCAGUCGUUUAAGGCACCAGCUUGUGUAAAACAAAACAAAGUUAUGCAGUCAUGAUGUUCAUAUUGUUACCAUAGCAUGAGCAGUUUGGACAACAAAGUGGCUGAGGUUCAACCUGAACUUGAAGAGAAUUGUUGGCACUGUGAGAUCAUUAGUGGGCUAAUUAUAAGAGAUGUUGUAGUACAAAAGCUUGAAUGUUUUGGUGUUCUUUUUCUUAUUGAUAUUUGUGGUUGUUCGUUGUGUUUGACAUGGGUUUGUAAAGGCAUAGACAAAUUUUUCGCUUGAAUAACCGAUAAUCCUUUCCUUA